UGUCGGUACUGUCAGUGUCACUGUCAAACACGUGUCAAAUAAAAAGUAUUUAAAAUCAAAAUCGGCUAAAUUUUUAAUUUCCUCUGGGAACAGAGAAUUACUUGAGAAAUAUGUACAUGCAUAUUUUUUAGUUAAAUAUUUAUAUAUUAUUUAUGGAGGUAUUAUGUUUUCAAAUGACAAGGUGGACCGUUGAAAUCCUAAAUAAAUACUGAUUAGGAUACUUUCCAUAAAUAAACUUAUUAAAAAAGUUAAGAUCAGAUCAAAGUGCACAAGAUCAACUCUGAAGGAUGGCUCUUUUCAAGAAUACUAUAAUAAAACUAACAUCCAUUACAAAACACAGGGGCAUCGCUUCCUUGAGUGCCCUUUCAGAAACCCAUCAAAUGCUACAAAAGACAUGUAGAGACUUUGCAGAUGGAGAAUUGAAACCUAUUGCAGCAAAAAUUGAUCGUGAUCACUUGUAUCCUAAAGAACAAAUUAAAAAAAUGGGUGAACUAGGUCUUAUGGCAAUGACUGUGCCAGAAGAAUAUAAUGGUUCUGGUCUGGAUUAUGUAGCAUAUGCUAUAGCUAUGGAGGAAAUAUCUAGAGGUUGUGCUAGUGCUGGUGUUAUAAUGUCUGUAAAUAACUCUUUGUACUUAGGAUCACUACUUCAGUGGGGUACUAAAGAACAGAAAGAGAAGUUUAUGGUACCAUUUACAAAAGGAGAUAGGGUAGGUAGUUUUGCAUUAUCAGAACCUGGAAAUGGGUCUGACGCAGGUGCAGCCUCCACUACUGCCAAAGAAGAUGGUAAUAAUUUUAUUUUAAAUGGUACAAAGUCUUGGAUUACCAGUGGAUAUGAAAGUGAAGCAGUUAUAGUUAUGGCGACAACAGAUAAAAGUUUAAAGCACAAAGGUAUCUCUUCAUUUAUUGUUCCCAAACCAAUUCAAGGCCUAGAACUGGGUAAAAAAGAAGACAAAUUGGGUAUUAGAGGAUCAUCCACGUGCAAUUUAAUAUUUGAAAAUUGUAAAGUGCCAAAAGAAAAUUUAUUAGGAAAACCUGGAAUUGGUUUCAAGCUUGCUAUGAUGGGGUUAGAUGCUGGAAGAAUAGGAAUUGCUGGCCAAGCUCUUGGAAUAGCUCAAGCUUCACUGGAGGUGGCUGUAGAAUACGCAUCUAAACGAUUAGCAUUUGGUAAACCUCUUACUAAACUACAGAUGAUUCAACAGAAACUAGCAGAAAUGGCUUUGAGAUUAGAAUCUGCACGAUUACUGACAUGGAGGGCAGCAUGGCUCAAAGAUAACAAAUUACCAUACACAAAGGAAGCUGCAAUGGCUAAGUUGGCUGCAAGUGAAGCUGCUACAUUUUUAAGUCAUCAAUGUAUACAGAUUUUGGGAGGCAUGGGGUAUGUUUCUGAUAUGCCUGCUGAACGCCAUUAUAGGGACGCUAGAAUAACUGAAAUAUAUGAAGGAACAUCAGAAAUCCAGAAACUUGUCAUUGCAGGAAAUUUGUUAAAAGAAUUUGGACUUUAAGAUCGUGCCAAUUUGAACUGAAUUUGUAGAGAAUUUACAUAUGAUAUCCCAAAGAUACCUUUUUUUAAAGACAUAACUUUAUAUUUUUAUAAGCCAGCUAAGUAAUAUUUAAGAGAAAGUAUGUUUUUAAAUAUAGUACUUUAUUGAUCUUAUUUCUGUUUUACAAUUAUUAUGUAUACAAUAUUUUAAACAUAUAAUUUAAAUAAAAGAUUUUUAAACAUA